AUAGUGGCGGCAGCGCGCGGUCUUACGAUGAGCCCCGCCAAGAGCAGCCUCGGAGGGCUUCAAUCCGAACGCAGUCCAACGCCCGGUGAACCGAGGAUGGGUUUUCGACCGGCCGGAAACCGUGGUGAUUUCUACCGUCAGGAUGCAUCUUCACCGGGUGAAGGUGCGGGUGGGGCAGGGGGAAGCUUCCGGGGUAUCCAUUCCCAUCUCAGUGCGAUAUCGCAGAUCACCCAGAAUCUCAACAGUGAUCUCUCGAAGCUAACGUCACCGACGGCGUUCCGUACGUCACGGGAAAGCUCACAAUCACCUCCGUCGGCAACGGUUCCCAGCCAUCUGCACGGACUUCAUCAGCUGCAUCAACAGCAGCAACAGCAGCACCACCAGCAACAACUACAUCAGCAACACCAACAACAUCAGCUAGCACUUGCCGCCCUCAACAAUAACAUCGCUGUGGCACUGAACGACCAAAGCCUUAAGUUUAGCAUCGACAAUAUCCUGAAAGCGGACUUUGGACGUCGCAUUACCGAUCCGCUGCUGCUGAAACGUACUGCUGCGAAAGGUGGCCACCAAUCUCAUCACCAUGUGCCAUCGUCAUCGGGCAGCAGAAAACCGGCAAGCAAAAGCCCGUCGGCAAUCGAUCUCAGCGGUGGCAUCGGUUCGGAACAAACGGCAUCCUCCUCGGCGACACUAGCGCCACUGCUGGCCGGUACUGCAACUGUGCCCGCCAGCAUAGCGAGCGCCCUUUCGUCGGUGAAACAGUUCUGUACGGCCGUCAGCACAACGACCAGCAGUAGCCGGGCAAGUUCUGGAUCGGUCAGUUCGGUUGGUUCGGUGGGCAGUGAGGACGUGAGUCCAAUUUCGCCCCUCUCGUCUACCGGGUCGUUAAAGGGAACGGAAUCCAAUGCCGGUGGGGGUUCGGGUGCGACCGGGGGUAGUGGUGGUGCUAGUGGUAGUGCGGGGUCCAGUUCCGGUUCGGGCAGUUCGGGAUCCGGUUCCGGUGGCCCUAUGGUUUGGCCUGCCUGGGUGUAUUGCACCCGAUACAGCGAUCGACCUAGUUCAGGUAAGGACGAGAAAUAGUUGGAACGGGAUUUUAAAAAUUUAACUCUGGACACGACAUGACACACAAGGAAAUGCAAACUUCCGAUUAGGCUUUACCACAAGUUAAAGUGAAACAGUUCGCAACCCCUACGGACGAUGGUAAGCAAUUUUUGGUUUUUAGUGACCCUACUGAAGUCUCAUAUUUGCCAUAUUACAGAUAGAUCGAUCUUCGUUC